CUUCUACUUUAGAUCUUUCUGAUAGUUUGUGGCGAGUAGAAGUGAAAGCGUGACGCGUCUAACUUAAUAAUAAUUAUAUUGAACAAGAAGUGGUGGAUACAAUUUGAGACUCUAAAAUUAGUAUCUGACCCCUUAAGUGAUCUUAAUAAAUAACAAAAAAUUAACUCAAAUGCCACAGCAGAACGAUAAAAUAACAAUUUUAGAUUUAGAGACACCGCCAAGUCCAAGUGAAGAUCAAAAAUUAUUACUUCCACCUUGGGGACAAAAUGGACAGAUAAUCUAUGUUGAUUCUCCGUCAUCACCUGGCUCACCAUACAAUACAGUCACGUCCCGUCCACAAAUAUCACCUGGUGGCAGUUUGUAUGGAAGAAGAAACCGCACAUUUCGUCCAGGCACAACUAAGAAGUAUCGAAAGCGUGCGAUCCUCAAGAAUGGCGAGUGCAAUAUUGUCCAGUCAAAAUUAUCUCAAAAACGAUUAAGGUUCCUUCAAGACACUUUUACAACCUUUGUUGAUACUCAGUGGCGAUGGACGCUACUUACAUUUGGUUUAAGCUUCAUUUUAUCAUGGUUAUUUUUCGCAGUCAUUUGGUGGCUCAUCGCUUUCACUCACGGUGAUUUUGAAGAAGCUCAUCUUCCGGAAAAUCAGGCAGAGUCAGGUUGGAAGCCUUGUGUCUACAAUCUUUAUAGCUUUACAUCAUGUUUUUUAUUUUCCAUUGAAACACAGCACACCAUAGGCUAUGGUGUAAGAACGACAACAGAAGAGUGCCCAGAAGCAGUUUUCAUAAUGUGCUUUCAGAGCAUUUAUGGCGUUAUGAUACAAGCGUUUAUGGUUGGGAUAGUGUUUGCUAAAAUGACGAGGCCAAAGAAUCGUACACAAACUUUACUGUUUUCACGACAUGCUGUCAUUUGUCAACGCGAUGGCGAAUUAACGCUUAUGUUUAGAGUUGGUGAUAUGCGCAAGAGUCACAUAAUUGCGUCGAGUGUACGAGCUCAAUUGAUUAAGACGAAAACGACGAAAGAAGGCGAAGUAAUGAGUCAAUACACAACGGAACUUGAUGUUGGUACAGACGGAUGUUCCAAUGAUUUAUUCUUUAUAUGGCCAAUGAUUGUGUGCCACAAAAUUAAUCACGAUUCACCACUCUACACUAUGUCAGCAAGUGAUCUCAUACAACAAGAACGAUUUGAAAUUGUUGUAAUUUUGGAAGGUACGGUUGAGUCAACAGGACAGACAACACAGGCCAGAAGCAGUUACUUGGCAUCAGAGAUCUUAUGGGGACAUCGUUUCGAACCUGUUGUGACUUACAAUAAGGAAAAGCAAGGCUAUGAAAUUGAUUACUCGAAAUUUGACGCGACUGUGCAAGUCGAUACGCCGCUAUGCUCAGCGCGAGAACUUGCUGAAUAUUACAAACUUCAAGAUGAUUUGCGUUCUACAGCUCCAGAAAGAUCGCAGUCAUAUCAGCACUUGCUUAAUUAUAAGCGGAUUCCAGAGAUAUUUUCAAUGGAUUCCUUUAAUAAAACACAUCAUCUCUUUAACGAGCACUCACGAUCGCACACUUAUCUGUCACCGAAAUUAACUAGCAGGCUUCAGGCGAAUAUCCACAAUUAAGCACACAUGCUCACAUUGUACCAUAUCAUAUCAUAUCAUAAUUUUUAUUUUAUUAUUAUUUUGUGUUAUUUCUUCAUUUCUCUCACAUUUAAAGUAUAGUAUUUAUGAAAUAAGCAAGAAUAUAUUUCUGUAUAAAAGUAUGUAAGCAUUCACAUACAUCCCAUAGGUAGAGAGGCUUUUGUUUGCCUUUUUAAGUGCAUUCCUUAAUAAUAAUUAUGAUUAUGAAUAAAAAUGUUGAUGAUGAUAGCAAUAAAUAAGUAAUUUAAAACACAUCUGAUUCAUAACAAUGUUAUGAAACGAGUUGAAAUUAAGAUUGAAAAUGUUGGCAUCAUUAAUGAUAUGUGCAUACCGUGAAGCAACAGGCAACAAUUUCGGUAAGGAAAAAUAAAACAACAACCAACACACCAAAAAAAUAAGAGUACAAAAUAAAAUGUUGAUAAAGUCAUAAAAUUAUUAAAACACUCAUUAUCGUUGGGCCGAAUUGAGGGGAAGGAGAUCUCACUCGAUAUUUCCCUGUUGAUGUCUGAAACAAUAAAUGCAAAGUCGUGGCCUGAUGAGAGGAGAGAUGUUAAAUUAAUCAUGAAAGGAAAAUAAAAUAUUGUUGGUUCGCAGAAGUGAUUUGAUUAUCCCCCUACCAUAUCAUCUGCUUUUUCAGCAUAAAACAAACUGUUGAUGACUGAGUUGAUUAAACAUGCAGACAGCGAGCUUGUUGCGCAUUUUGCUAAUGAAGCAAAACUGUUUUGGGAAAUAAAACACUGGAGUGCUUGAAAUUAG